AUGCAUCUACCCUUCUUCCUCUCCUACCUUCUACCAAGCUGGCUGGCUACGCAGCAAAAAGGCACACAGGUAAGUAGAUGGGCAGAUAGAUCUCGGGCACAAACAGAUACAAAAACGACUACUGAGAGGCUCUGUUGCUUUGCAGGUUCAUGCCUCACUUCUCUUUCUCAUGAAGGACGGAUCACAUAUACGACGGAUCAUCACUUCGUCCAUGACGGUGGGUCGGAUCACAUGCAACACACCAUGAACGAAUCGGUGGCAUUCCUGCCUUCAUCUGGCUGUUCAGUCUGGUGGUUCUGACUGGUCAGACACCUCAUUCGACGCGGCUGACGCGGCAUCGUCAUCGGCAGAAGCAGACACGUCAGUGUAUGCGCUGCUUCGGCGCACGUCAGGGUAUGAGCUGCUUCGGCGGUACGCAGCAUCGUCAUCGGCAGAAGCAGACACGUCAGAGUAUGAGCCGCUUCGGCGGUGGUUGGUACGGCGGCUGUGCUCAUCGCUGUCAUCGUCGGAGUCGGUAUCGUCUCGGUAG